AUGAGUCAAGAGGAAGAUUAUGAAAAAUUGCUUAAAGACGAAGACAAAAACGAAAAAAUAGGAUUAAAAUCAUAAAAUUGGAGAAAUUAGGAUAAGAUAGAGCCAUAUUAUGAUUAAUCAGGUCCAUCAAAAUAUGAUGCAAUUAUAAUACUGAUUUUAGUAAUUAUGAUUGGAUUUUCAGGAUUUGGGUUGCUCAAGCAUUAUAAUGUUUUAAUUACAUCGAAACCUAAUAAGGAUGUACGUGUAGCAUUAUAAAAUAAUAAUUAUUAAGACUCUGCGGUUUAGGAUGUAUUUAAUAAACUCAGUGAUGGUCUUUAGAGUAAUGGAGAUAGUAAAGCACCUAAAGAGGAUGAGAUUGCAAUAGAUAGUGUGUUAGAUAGUUAUAUCUCAAAAAUAGAAUAAUACAAUGAUGUGCGUACUGAAUGGAUAGAUGAUGAUGAUGAUAUCAAUAAGAAAAUAGAGGAGAAAUUGGAAGAGCAAUAAAAUGUUGUUUAGGAUUUGGAAGAACUUAUAAUUUAAUAAGAAUCUUAGAUCUAAAUUCUAAAGCCUGUGUUUUCCAAAAAUAUUUAUACAUAUAAGGAAUUAUAAAAUGGAGUAAAAAUGUUGUUGAUUUAAUCAUCCAUAGAGGGAAUUCAUAUGACAAUUACAUUGAAUAUUGGGAAGAAGGAUGACCCAUCAGACAAGCCUGGAUUGACAGAGUUGCUAUUUAGAUGCCUAUAAACCAAUUUUUAUAUAGAGAUUUUCAAUAAUUACACUACUUUGACAGUCUAAUUGAGUUUAUUUGAAGAGUUGAAUGCAAAAUUAUAGGAAUUGUACAACAUAUUAACAAAGCCUUAAUUUAUAGAUAUUGAUAAGAAUGCUAAUGAUUUAUAUAAUGAUUUAUUGAUUGAUUCGAAAUCUGGUGAAUUAGAAUAUGUGAGUGAUUUUUUAAGUUAAUAAGCACAUUUAAACGAACUCACAAUUUUAAAUGUAGAUGCUGAUUAAUUGUUCUAAUAGUACAUCUCCCAUAUUUCAGCUGAUACUAUAAGUUUGAUUUUUAAAACAUCAGAAGAAUAGGAAAAGAUCUUAGAUAAAGUAUUUUAAUCAGAUUUAUCUAAAUUAAAAAAUUUACAUAAGUUUUAGCAACCAAACUUUUAAAAUAAAUAUCCCUAAGGCAGACAUAUUCUAAAAUUCAGAAGUGACACAGAAUUAUUGACAUUAUUGUCUAUGAGCGAUCAAUAUAGUUGUUAAAGAUUCUUAGCAUACUUAUUGCCUAAACCAUUUUAUGGUGCAAUAUGGUAGAAUCAUCUGUUAAUAACAUUGGAUAUAGAUUUAGGGAGUGUAUUAAAUUCCAUAAAUAAGUUGAUCUAAUUUUUUGAUUACUUAAAAUAAGCAGACGAAAAUUAGCUUCAAUACUUGUAUUCUUAAAUGUUGGCGACAGAAGAAUUACUAUUCAAUACAAAAUACGAAGAAAAUCUAAUAUCAACCGGAUAAAAUCUCUUUUCAGACCCAAUUUAUGCUUUGAAAGGGUAAGAAAGCUUACCAAUAUUUGAUAAGGAUGAAUUCAAUAAAUAUUUAUCGAAUUUGGCUAAUAAUUUCAUAGUUUUAGUUGGAAGUGAGAACUUUCAAUUGAAUUCAACUUAUGAAUCACAAAAAGAUGAUUCAAUAUUCAUAUUGGAUGCAAUUCUGAAUAAAGUUCAUUAAGGAUUUACAUAUGAUUUAAAGCCUUUAGUAAAAUUAUUUGAACUUAACAACUAAUAUUAAUUCCAAUUACCUGCUAUCAGUCCAUUCUUACCCGAAAACCUGGCAAUAAUAUCAGUUUGUUAAGAGCCUAUAUACAAAAUAUAAGGAUUCGGAUAUUAACAUGUGGAUGAUUUAAGUUUGACAGUAAAAGAUGGGAAGUUUGAUGGAACAAGAGACCCUAAAUUCGAAACAGUAGAGUAUGUUUGUGAAUUUCCAAUGCCAGAUUUUUAAAUAGAUUGUUUAGAAAAGGAAAAAGCAGCAUAGUCCUCACUGACACCAUUUUAGGUUGCUAGCAAUGUUUGGUGGAAACCAAGUAGAUUGGGGGCUAUGGUAUUUACUGGAUUAUUCAUUGAGAAACCUGAGUCUACAUUAGCUUAGGGUAAAACAAUGUUGAAGUUGUUGUAGAAAUAUUAUACAGAAUUGUCGAAAAGACUAUUUCAAUAGGAAUUUUUAUUUGGAUAUGAAUUGUCUUUCAAAGAGACAAUCAAUGGUCUAAAUGUAUAGAUUCUUAGUUAUUCCGAGAAGCAAUAGGAAUUUUAAGAUAAGGUAUUUGAUUUGAUGAGUAUUGAUGAUGAAUAACUAUUCUAUUAUGUGAAGGAUCUAUUGAGUAAGGAUAUCAAGAGAUUCCAUGAUCAGAAACUAUCUUUAUUAACACAACAAUAUUAUUUACCAAAGAUAAUGUUGAGACCAAUUAAUACUCCAUAAGAGAUACUGAAUGUGUUAGAUGAAGUGGAUUAUUAAAAGUUCUUGGAAUUUUAAGGAUCUCUCUUGUCAAGCAAAAUCGAAGUUCUAAACAUUGGUAACAUAUUGCCAAACGAUAGUGUGUUUCAAGACUCAUAGGAAACAUAUUUGACUAGAACAUUAAAUUUAAAGGGUUAAAAUUUGAAGUAUAUAGUUCAAAGGGAAUCUAGCACUGAUAUGAUAUCAUCAGUACUCAAUUAUUAUUAGACAGGAUUGAAAAAUAUAGAGACUACUUCUAAGUUGUAUUUCUAUGCAGAUUUCUUGUAAUCUUAUUCAAACAAUUAUUUCAAAAUGGGUCAGCAAGUCUUGAUUAAGAGAAAGCCCUUAGGAUGUGCAGAUGGAUUGUAAGUGUACAUGUAAGGAGUAGUACCUUCUGAAGGGAACGAGGAGAUUGAGAAGUUCUUAAAAUAGGCUAAUUUGCAUCUGAGCAAUUUGUAAGAUGAUGACAUAUUGGAUCAGAAGUUAUACACUAUAAACAAAUUAUAUAAUGAGAUUAAAUUUAAAUCUUUGUAGGAGGAAGGCUAAUUCAUUUGGGAUAAGAUUGUGAAUAAGAACUAUGCUUUUAGUGAGAUUUCAGAUGUGAUUAGAUACCUGGAUGAUGCAUUUCCACAGAAACUCAGAGAGUGUGCAAAUUUGGUAAUGCAAGGCUAAAUGAGUGUACAAGUGUACGCAGUAGACUAAUCAAUUGAAAAUACUGAGGGGAUUUAGAGUCUAGAGUAGUUAAUUGAUCAGGAUGUUUAUGAAUGUUUUUUUACAUUGUGA